AUGGCUUACGUUUCGCUCUCAAAGGCAUUGUACGACUAUGCAGCAACGGCAGAGGACGAGUUGAACCUGAGAGAGGAUGACUUGCUGUACAUCAUAGAUGCAUCCGACGCCGAAUGGUGGAAGGCCAAGCUCAAGACAGGUCCAGAGGAUGAGGAAAAGAUUGGGUUGGUACCCGCAAACUAUGUGGAGGAGGCGGAACCUUUGAGGCAGAGCAGAGCUCUGUACGACUACUCGCCACAGACGGAGGAAGAGCUGGAGAUGAAGGAAGAUCAGCUCUUGUCGGUGUACGAAGAUGAUGACGAUGAUUGGCUGCUGGUUCGAAUAGCGGACUCGGGCGUCCAGAGCAAGCUUGGCUUCGUCCCCAAGAAUUACGUCGAUGAGGUGAGUACUCACCAUUGCACGAGAGUCCUGCCCAUGGCCCAUCGUGUCGAUUCGCUCAUCGCUGACGACCAUCUCUACUGCUCGUCAGGUUGCUGCAGUGGAUGGCGCGACCUCACUGGGUGCACCGAUAUCGGCUGGGGCAGCUGCAACCUUCGACGGACAAGCUCCUGAAGAAGCUGAGGAAGAAGUGGAGGAGGAGCCGCAAUCGAUUCCUGCCACUUUCGUACCCCCACCUGCAGGCGACAAGAGCGACGAGAUCAAGAUGUGGGGGGUCUCAGUGAGUAGCUUGGAGGAGCUCCUUUAGCGCAGCCCUCGAUAUUCUAAAGCGCGCCGAGGCUGACGCUCUUGACCUCUUGGUAGGCCCUCGACGCCAAGAAAAAGAAGCGCAAGGGAACCCUGGGCAUUGGCAAUGGCAACCUCUUCUUCGCCUCAGAGUCCGAUAAACAGCCUGUGCAGAAGUUCAGUGUGCUACUGAUCGAGUCUCACGCACUCGAAUCGAAAGGCAAGCAGAUCAAUUUGGAGCUACACGAAGAUGCAGGAGUGGAAGACAACAUGAUACGCUUUGUGUUUGGAAGCAAGUCGGAAGGGGAAGAGGUCGCACAGAAGCUGGAAGAGUCCAAGAGCAAAGCCAUCGCACAUGGCAGCAGUGCUACUGUCAAGUCGCCCUCGCCAGCAGCAGGCAGGUCGCUACCACCACCAAUCGCCAGCACAGCUCGUCCUGCUGCUUCACCCGCGGCAGCUGCACUGCCACCUCCUUCACGCAACACUUCGACGCUCCCGCCACCCGCUCGCCAGACAGCUGGCGCUUCUCCUGCAACGACACCAGCUAGGAACGGGCACGCAGCGAAAGAAGCGUGCAUCGCUCUCUACGAUUUUGAGGCCCAAGGCGAUGACGAGCUGAGUGUUGCAGAGAACGAGAAGUUGACGCUGGUGGAACGUGAAAAUGAAGAUUGGUGGAAAGUGCGCAAUGCUUCGGGGUCGGAAGGUGUUGUUCCUGCCAGCUACAUCGAACUUUCCGACGGUGAAGACGGAAAUGAGGCUGCGUCAAGCACACAACAAGAUGAAGCUGAACGCCAAAAGCAAGAGAAGGCAGCCGCUGCCAUGGAGGCGACCAGACGGACGCAGGAGGCUGCGGCAAGAAGGGCGCGAGAGGCGGAGGAGCGACGCGAGGAAGAGGAGCGUAGACGCGAAGCCCUCAAAGCUCAGCCUGCUCCUGCUCCACCUAGAGCUGCGCCAUCAGCGGUAUCGUCCGCAAGCGCAACUAGAGCUGCUCGAGAUGUGAGCGUUCCAUCCGGAAAGGGUGCUCCCGAGCGCCCAACGGACUCGGCCCAGGCCAAGAGUCGACCGAAUCCUGCUCGCACGCGGAAUUGGGUCGAUCGGACAGGUCAAUUCAAAGUCGAAGCUGAAUUCCUUGGUUUCAAUCAAGGCAAGAUAAGGCUUCACAAACUUAACGGAGUUAUCAUAGAGGUGGCCAUUGAGAAGAUGAGCAAUGCCGACAUUCAGUAUUUGGAGGAUGUCACUGGAAAACGUCUUACGCCUUCCAGCACAUCGAGAGGAGCAGACUCUAGUACACGCACGGAUCCCCGAUCUGCUGGGCGAGAGCGAGAUCGCGAUCGCCAGCGCGAGAGGGAGCGGGAGCAAAGGCGUCGGCAAGCACAACGAGAUGGUCCGAAGAGGAACAUUGAUUGGUUCGAGUUCUUCCUUGCUGCAGGAGUGGAUGUGGACAACUGCACUCGCUACGCAGCGGCUUUCGAAAGGGACAACAUCGAUGAGUCCAUCUUGGCGGACAUUGAGAGCAGUACACUUCGCAGUUUGGGACUUCGAGAAGGGGACAUCAUCCGAGUCGACAAGUUCAUCAAGCGCAAAUACAAGAGGCCCGACGCGGCGCCUUCAACGGAAUCGAAGGAAGCGGCUCAAAUUCGCGCGGAUGAAGAGAUGGCGCGCAAGCUGCAGGAGAAUGAGCAGUCUGCACGUCGCGGAGCAUCGAAUAGCCCUGCACCCAAUCUUUUCUCGGGCCCCGACGGCUCGUUGAGGAACAAUACUCGACGGGGACGUCCUGCACCUAAGACCAAUGGCUCGGGCAGUGUGGAUCCUGCUGGCAUCGCUGCAGCAGCUGAAGGUCUCGCGCGCACCGUCAGUCCGCCUACGCGCGCCAGCACUGCCAGCCCAACUGUGGUGCGCAAGGCGACGCAUCCUACUGGCGCAGGCGGUUUCGACGAUGAUGCUUGGACUCCACGACCGUCCAGCACUCAACCAUCCACCCCCGGGCUCUCUGCUGCUGCGUCCAAACCUGCCUCGGUGCCACCAACGCCUCCCCCCGCUCCAGUGCCAGCGGCAGCACCUGCGCCCACACCCCCCGCUCCUCCUGCUGCUGCUCCAGCACCUGCAGUAGUUUCUCCUCCACCAGCCGCGGCUGCUGCACCACCUCCCGAUCCCAACUCUGCGCUCUUCGACAAGCUUGCUGCUAUGAAGCCUCCAUCGGCGGGUCUGUCUCCAAGACCGGGCGCAAGCCCUGCAAACGGCUCUUAUUUGAGCGGCUACAAUCCCAAUGCACCAAGAGGACCUCUUGCGCCGGUGCCUGGCAAUCAAGGCUUGCUCUCGCCGCUCGUUCCUACAAGCGGCACUGGCCAAUUUGUGCCCACCAGCGGCCUUGGCCCACAAGCGACUGGGUACAAUCACGGUUAUGGAGCAAUGCAGCCUCAGCAAACGGGCUACAUGCCGCCUCAGCAGACGGGCUAUAUGCAACAGCAACCUCAACAGACGGGAUACAUGCAACCUCAACAGACGGGCUACGGAGUGGGAAUGAGCAUGGGAAUGUCUUCCCCUGGUAUGAUGUCGCAACCCACCGGAUACAACCCUCAAUAUGGAAUCUCAAAUGUGUCAGGCUUUGGAGGCGGUAUGCUUGCUCCGCAGACCACUGCUAUGCCUCAGCAUCAGCAACAGCAGCAGCAUCUGCAGCCGCAGGCAACGGGCAUUCAGAUGCCCAUGCAAACCGGACCUAACGACAAGCUGGGAGCCGCUAGCAUCUUUGGUCGUGAGUGUUCGCUAACGGUUGACUUUUCUGCGCGUGAGACCUCGCUGAUCGCAUCCUUAUCCAUUCAAUUCACCCAGAAAUGAAGCAAGGGACCCUUCAUCAAGACUCGAACAGCAACCCGCAGUCUGCUCGUGAGUCCUUAGAGGUUGUCGAGUACGAUGAUGCGAGCAUCCUCUGAUUCGCCGGUCCUGUCGUGACGAUAUCCCUCUGCAGAGCGAUACGAUGCGCUCAGACCUCAGCCUACUGGCUUUGCGCCUGGCGGUGUGAUGGGAUCCGGCUUUCAGGGCAACGGCAUGUACGGCCAACAAUCUGGCUGGGGUGGGCAGGUGAGCAAAGGAAUACCUGAGACGCACGUCUGAUAAUGCUCAGCUCACAAUUCUUGUUUGCGCUCUUUUCACAGUAUUGA